CUCCCUUCCUCUGCAUCCCCACCCACCUACCGUUCUCCUUCCUCACCUUUGACCUCUCUCAGCUGCUCCCAGUUCCGCUCCUGUACAGUCCGAUGCUUAUAGGCGUCAGAAACAGAGCUACUUUAAAAAAAACAGAGCCUGCUAAAUUACCCCGAAGAGAGAGAGAGAGAGAGAGAGAGAGAGAGAGAGAGAGAGAGAGAGAGAGAUGGGCGGUGCCGUGAAGGUGUACGGGGUGGGGGCGUCUCCGUUCGUGGCGACGGUGCUGUUGUGCCUGGAGGAGACGGGCGCAGACUACGAGCUCGUCCCCCUCGACAUGGCGGCGCGUGAGCAGAGGACCGAGCCCCACCUCUCCCGAAACCCUUUCGGGAAGAUCCCAGUGUUAGAGGACGGAGAGCUGACUCUCUUCGAAUCGCGCGCGAUUUCUCGGUACGUGCUCCGCGAGUACGGAGGCACCAGCGCGACCGAUCUUCCAAGGGAAUCCAGCCUCGAAGAAUCAGCCAUGGUGGACGUGUGGACGGAGGUGGAGGCCCACCAGUACCAGCCGGCCAUCGAACACAUCGUCCAGCAGUGCGUCAUCCUGCCGUUCAUCGGCGGCGCGCGCGACCAGGCCGUCGUCGACGAGAACGUCGGCAAGCUGGAGAAGGUCCUCGACGUGUAUGAGGCGCGGCUGUCGACGCACGCGUACCUUGCCGGAGACUUCUUCAGCCUCGCCGACCUCCUCCACUUCGGUAUCACCUACUACCUGGUGGCCGGCACCGAGUACGCGACGCUGCUGGAGUCGCGCGCGAACGUCAGUGCGUGGUGGGGGCGGAUCAUGGCCAGGCCGUCGGUGAAGAAGGUGGCGCCGUUAAUCCACCUCUGGUUGAAGCCGUCUUCGUCUGCUUAAAUUUUUGUAUUGCAAUUCUAUUUUGCUAGCUUACCAACCUGACCGCUUGGUCUUCGUCCGGUAAACUGAACAUCGUACAUUCAGUCUAUAUAUGUGUCUCCAUUGAGUUUUA